AUGUCUCUCGCCCACCUGACAUUCAAAAUGAUGGAUCUCUCAUCCAGACUCUACUAUCAUCCCCUCGCUAUACCAGGCUUCAUCCUCCUCGCCACUACAAUAACAAUAACCCUCUACAUAAUCUACAACAUCUACUUCCACCCCCUACGGUCCUUCCCCGGCCCCCUCGCCAACUCCGCAACGCCCCUCCCCCUCUUCCGCUCCAUCCUGCGGGGCACCCUUCCCCACGACGCAAAACGCCUCCACGCCCAAUACGGGCCCGCCGUGCGCAUCGCCCCCAACGAAGUAACGUUCACCGACCCCUCCGCCUGGAAGGAAAUCUACGGCGUACGGCCGGGAAAACCCCAGCGUCCGAAAGACCAGCGCCAUGUAUCUGUCGGACCGAACCAUAUCCCCUCCAUGCUGCGGACGGACGACCGCACGCACGCGCGGUAUCGUCGGGCCCUGGCGCCGGGGUUCAGCGAGGCGAGUCUACAGCGGCAGGAGGUGAUUGUCCGGGGAUAUAUCGAUCUACUUGUUGAGCGGUUGCGUGCUGCCACAGCUGCAGGGGACGGAAGUGCAACAGUCGAUAUAAGCAGAUGGUACAACUACACAACAUUCGACAUAAUCGGCGACCUCGCAUUCGGCGACUCCUUCGGCUGUCUGCAGAACUCGCAGUAUCACUUCUGGGUGCAAGUGCUCUUCAGCCACUUCCACAAUGCGGCGUGGGCGAACAUUCUACGACGGAUUCCGUGGGGACAGAAGCUGAUGCGGUGGAUUAUUCCGCGAAAGGUGCGCGAGGAUAAGCAGACGCAGAACGAGAUGACGGGGGAGAAGGUGCGCGCAAGGAUCGAAAAAGGCGAUAAUGAGCGCGCGGACUUCCUCAGCCACGUGCUUAAGCAGCCGGCCGAGAAAGGGAUGAGCGAGGACGAGCUGAUCUCGAACGCGUACGUGCUGAUCAUUGCGGGGUCGGAGACGACAGCUACGCUGUUGUCUGGCGUCACGUAUUAUCUCCUGACCGUGCCCGGGGUGAUGGAGACACUGCAAAAGGAGGUAAGGGGGUCGUUUCGCUCUGAGGAGGAAAUCACUUGGGCAGCUGUGAACCAGCUAAAGUAUACCCUGGCUGUGCUGAACGAGGGACUGCGCAUGUAUCCGCCUGUGCCGUUUGGGUUUCCGCGGAUCGUGGAGGGAGGGGAUUUCAUCUGUGGGAGAUGGGUUCCGGGGGGGACAUCCGUCGGCGUCCCCAUGCUCGCCACGCACCGGUCACCCCACAACUUCAAAAACCCCGACGAGUUCAUUCCCGAUCGGUAUAUGGGCGAUCCGGCCUACGAAGACGACAAGCGGCAUGCGGUGCAGGCUUUUAGUUUAGGACCGCGCAACUGUCUUGGUCAGAAUCUGGCCUACGCCGAAAUGCGCCUCAUUCUAGCACGCAUGAUCUGGAACUUCGAUAUGGAGCUGGCGGACGAUUCGCAAAACUGGAUCGAUCAAAAGUCGUUUGUCGUGUGGGCCAAGGGGAGUCUUCAUGUAAAGUUGACUCCUGUCCAACAUGGACCGUAA